AUGGCAUACAACGACGAUAGUCACAUUCUUUCUUGGAUACGCGACAUCCCUUUCAAUCCUCCCUCACCGUCGCAACCGCAUCAUCGCAAGCGCACACCCUCUGACUCUGAGCAACUCGCGUCGCCGCCUUGUUCGCAAGAGUCGCGUCGUGCUAAUUUGGGUGUCGAGAUGCCUUCACUGUCAGCUCUUGCCGUCGCCGAAGAUGGAGUCGAAGUAGCGCCACUCCAAAUAUCCGACAAACGAAUUCCUCACUCUUUAAUCGCUCUCUCUCGCAAUAUCAGUAACGUUGUUGGCGUUGUUCCAAAGUACUUGGAGGCCGAGAUCGCCAAGCUGAAUGAGAGAAAUGAUUCACCCUACACAGAUUUCGGAUCCCAUGUCUUUCUUGACUCAGAGAAGACAUACCUCCCGCAUCUAGCCCCUACAAUCGAACUUGCAGCUGUUCAGCUCAUCGUCGCAGGCGCUGCAGACGCUUGUCGCAACCAGUUUGACGAAUCUGGUUGGAAUACUACUGUGCACGCGCCGCUGCUGUAUCUUGUCUUCUAUGGUAAAGAGUGUCGUGGGACACAGCUGCACAGGUUUCAGGCUUGUACCCGUGCGGGAGUUCAGCCUGCGUACCUAAUAAACAACGCCCAGGGCAAGAAGGUACAUUUUGUCUUCUACGUCGAUGCCCAGUAUGACAGCGAUCCCCAGCCACAUCAGCUGAUCAAUAAAAUCCGGCCGAUUCUCAAAGACACCUCCAUCGACCAUUCCAGCCAGGCAAGUCUCUGCGCUCACCCGAUCUCUGUCAAGCUUUUAGGUGACAAGGUUGAUGAGCUGGAAUUCAUUCCCGGCAUCAUCGUCCACGGGGACCAGUGGUUUUUCGUUGCGUCAACCUACAGCCGUUCUACCAACAAGACGAUCCUUUGGUAUUCUCGAAGCUGCUUUGGAUCAACAGAUGCCUUGUUGUGGACCUUCAAGGCGAUCGCUAGCAUCCAGCACCUGCGAGCUUGGAGUGAUGAAAUCCUUUGGCGGUGGUACAAGCAGCACCUUCCAGCCGCUCAUGCGUCUCUGUGCUCUACCAACACGUCCAUGACUUGA